AGCGGGCGGAGCCGGGACUUGUCUCCGCCUCCUUCCGCAAGGCAGCAGCAGCAGCAUGAGGAGCUCCUAGCCUGCGGCCGUCCGUGGCCACAAGCCCCGCGGACCGAGCCCGCGCGCGCUUCCACCACGGCACCCGGGAGCCGGCAGCGCACCGCGCCCGUGCGGCGCGGAGCCAGGCCACGUCCCUCCCGCCGCGUCGGUCAAACUGCGCUGCUGCUCUCGCUCCUGCUGGUGCUGGCCCUCCCUGGCGACCUAUAUGAACAGCAGGCGCGCGCACGGUGACUCCUCACCAGCCACCAACUCGUGCCAGCGCCGCCGGCGAGCUAGCGGCGGCCAUGGCAGCGCCAUCCGGCACGAUGCGCGCCGUGCUGUACGACAGAUACGGCGGCGGAGCACAGGGCCUCAAGCACGCGGAGGUGCCGAUCCCGUCGCCGAGCAAGGGCGAGGUGCUCAUCAGGAUGGAGGCGACCAGCGUCAACCAGGUCGACUGGAGGUUCCAGAAGGGCGUCGCCUGGCCCGUCAUGCCGAGGAAGUUCCCGUUCAUCUCAGGUUUCGAUCUAGCCGGGGAAGUCGUGGAGGUGGGCGCUGGGGUGAGCGAAUUCAAACCGGGGGACAAGGUCGUAGCCAUCAACUUCCCGGGCGGCGGCGGGCUCGCGGAGUACGCCGUGGCGUCGGCCUCCCUGACGGCGUCAAGGCCGCCGGAGGUGUCCGCGGCCCAAGGCGUCUGCAUCCCGAUCGCCGCGGUCACCGCGCUCCGGGCCCUGCAGAGAGCCGGGGUCAGCUUGGACCCCGACGCCGGCGACGGCACCGGCCGCAGGAUGAACGUGCUGGUCACCGCGGCGUCCGGCGGCGUCGGCCACUUCGCCGUGCAGCUGGCCAGGCUGGGCGGCCACAACGUCACGGCCACGUGCGGCGCGCGCAACCUGGGCCUCGUCAGGGAGCUCGGCGCCGACGAGGCGCUGGACUACGGGACCCCCGAGGGCGCCGCGCUGCGGAGCCCCUCCGGGAGGAAGUACGACGCGGUGGUGCACUGCGCGGCGGCGGCGGUCCCGUGGUCCGUGUUCCGGCCGGCGCUCGGCGCCGCGGGCACGGUCGUGGACAUCACGCCCGGGUUCGUGGCCGGCGCCACCGCGGUCCUCCAGAAGCUGACCUUCUCCAGGAAGAGGCUGGUGCCGCUCCUGGUGACGCCCAGGAAGGAUGAGAUGGAGCUGCUGGUGGGCAUGGUGAAGCAGGGGAGGCUCACGGCGGUGAUCGACUCCAGGUAUCCGUUGAGCAGGGCGCAGGAGGGCUGGGCCAAUAGCAUGAGCGACCACGCCACCGGCAAGGUCGUCGUGGAAAUGGGAGGCCCGGAGUGAGGACGGGCUGUAUAUGUACUCAUAUUUUAGAAGUACUGAUGUCGCGUGAUAUACACUGACACAGUAAUACCAUUGUCAAAUGUCAUGGGACCAAAACUCAAAAAGAUUGUCGUACGCAUUUGUUUUGAAGGCAAGCCAACAACCGACGAUAAUUUCACAAACGUUAAUUCCAAAAGAAGACAAAUUUGUUUGUA